CUCAGUAGUGUUUGCUGAAGUGCAAGCUGAGCUGCAGCGGUGUUUCCCUGACCGGCAUAGUACUUUUGUGUUGGAUUUGAAAAAUCUAGGAGCCGCCCAACACCAUCCAUCCAGUAUAUCUACUCCCUGCUAAAGAGUUUUAUUUAGUGCUAGCCCAAGCCUGUAGCUAUCACCGUGCUCGAGAUCGAUCAGCAUUCGCGCUGCAAGUAAGUAGUUACUUGCAAGCGAGGUCUUGUGAUGCCUCGGUUGUGAUCGCAAGCGCCUGCCACGCGACAGGUUGCGAUGGAUGUUUUGGAUGUGAGAAUCACAUAAGCCAAUGCCUGCCUUCCCGUUUAUUGCGCGACAGGUCGACGCUUCUGGUUUUGUUGAGUAUUGUGCCAGCAGCGUUGCUGCUGCUAGUGGUGGUGGUGCUGCUGCUGCUGGUGAAGGUGGCCAAGCGGUUGAUAUCGGCCUAUCACACCGCCAUCGUCACUCCUACUGCAUCUGGAGUCACCCGUCACUGGCAUCUGUACAAUCUGUAGUCGUGUUUUCGUUCACGUGGGUUGCUUGAUUCUUGCAACGCGACUUGCACUCGACUUUACGUGGUGCUCCAGUGUUCGGCUGGAAUAGGCAGUGUGUGCGUUUUUACGUGAGCUGAUGGCAGUGAGGAUUGUGAGUGUGGUGAAAGCAAGUGACGAGCUCGGCUAUGGCUUUACCGUCACUGGCGAGCAGCCCGCCGUCCUUACGGCCAUACAGCCAGGUAGCGCUGCGGAUCGAGCCGGUUUGACUGCUGGAGAUUUGGUACUGGAGAUCAAUGGCCAGAACGUUGAAGAAGCUAGCCACGAGAAGAUUGUGGCGCUGGUGGGACGCACUCGCAACGCCAUUCAACUAAUUAUCGUCAGUAACGCAGAAUUGUCUCGGGACAGCAUCGCAGCGGUAGCUGAGCGCGAACGUGCGCAGCAGAUCUCGUAUUACAGGAAUCGCCAAUUUGUGCCAGGUGCCCCUGCUGCCACUGGUCCUGGUGCUGCUGCGUCCCUUCCACAUGCGCCUGGUACUAGUCCCGCAGCUGGUGCAUAUGACCAGCAUCUUCAGCCGCAGCAGCAUCAAUUCCCGCAACAGCAGCAACAGCAGUAUAUUGGUGAAAGUGGAACAUUGAGUAGUGGUGCUCCUGUGCAUGCGGACUCCUCCUCCACACAGGCUAUGUAUGGUGGAUAUGAUGGACAUGGCGGUGUUGCCACUGUAAGCUCAGUGCCGGGUGGUGAGUCCUGGCUACGACAUUCCGGAGCUGAAGCUGUGGCAGCUCCCGGUGGUGAUAGAGAACGCUCCAGAUCGUUUGGAAACGGCGAUCCGCACCACAUGCCCAGAAGACGCCAAUCUCACAUGGAGGCGACUACCAAUGGUUUACUCACUGGAGGCAGUAGCGGUGGAAAUCCACUUGCCGCUGCAUCUGGUGGUACUUCAGCUGGCAGUGCUGGUGGAGAAUCGUGGUUUCCACGCUCUGCAAGCGGCGAGCUAACUCACGGCAGUCAGCCUGGUGUCGUGACUGGUGCCCCAACCAACAGCCCUGCCACAGUGACUCGUCGCUCACUGUCCAGUUCUGUGAGCGAGCAUGGUGGCCUGUCCCGCCAUUCCGGUGCCUCUCUUGACCGCCGCUCGCAGGAUUCGGUGGAUUCGGACGUCAGCCACGCGUCGCAGCUGACUGGAACGGAACGCCACGUGUAUCCAGUGCAAGUGGCCUACUUUGGUAACGUGGCAAUGAAAGCGGAUCUGUCGGAGCAGACCGAGCGGCUGCGCGUGACUCGUGACUGUGUCAGCGAGUGCCGCAAGCAGCACCGGCGCCCGCAGACCGUCACAAUGCACAUAUCGCAGAAGGGCAUUCGCCUGGUGUGGCUGGUCAACGGCGCAUCUGAAACACUGUUCAUCAGCCGGUCGGCGGUUGCCUUGACUUGGGUAGACCCAAGUGAUCAUCGUGUCUUCUCUCUGGUCCAGCGUGAGAGAGUGUACAAUGGUAGUGUCAGCAGCAGUGGGGGAAGAGGAGGUGCGUCGGACAAGACAGUGGUGCAGAUGAAGGGCCAUGUUUUCAAGGUGUUGCCGAACGGCUUCGACUCGUUCCAAGGAUUCGACGCUGCGCAGCCCGAUUCGGGAACUUCGUCGUCUCCUGACAGCACAACGCAGAGUGCGUGGCCGAUUAUUCGACUCUUGAAAUACAUGUAUGGCGGUAAGUCCGAUCGCAAGGGCUCCCGUGCACCGAGCGAAAGCAGCAUGUCAUCAGCGGGCCGAGGUAGCGGUGAUCAUGACCAUAGGCGCCAGCACUCAGGUGGUUCUGGCAUAGACAUGCACUCGCGGUCAAUGAGAUCCACAUCGACCAUCGUUCCUCCGUCUCCUAGUUUUGCAGAUCGGCACGAGGCUGGCGGCACAGGUAGGACAGGCAGCUUGCCCCGCAGCACAUCUGCAAUCCUCAAAGGCAGCUCAGCGCAUAGCAGCAAUGGUCGAAGUGGCAGUCCGGAGAGCUUCACCAGCAUUGCUAGCGGCGGUGUUAUGUUUGCCUCUACAGGCUCCCAGUUUCGAGCAAUGGGCGCACUGGCUGCCAGGGAUCAUGAUGAUGAUUCCGGUGUGCUGCAGGACCAUCUGCGUCUCGGCAUGCCCAACUUUAGCAGUACACCUCACCGCUCUCCGCAGCUACCUAGCGAACGGCGGCAAGAUGCUGAUUCCAGUCGGUACAGCCCGCAGGCCAGGCGGAGAACGAGCACGAUGGGCAACCGCAGCGGAAGUUUGGAUAGUGUUUACGACACGUCACUUGGCACCAGUCAGCCAACCGAGCUGGUGCCGAGAGAACCGAAGAGAGAGAAUCGUGUAGCAGAGUGGGCCACAAGCUUCAAGUCGUUACUGACUGAUACGUACGGCCGGCAACUCUUCCAGCGGUUCCUGGCUAGCAUUCUGUGCGAAGAAAACAUACUCUUCUGGGAGGAGGUGGAACGGUUCAAGGCAAGCAGCACAGAGCAGAUGCAAUCCACCGGACAAGACAUAUUCAAGACUUUCAUCGACAGUGGAAGUCGUCAACAAGUGAAUUUGGAAAGUAACACAUACAAACAGUUGACAAAGGACAGCAACAGCGAGUUUAAAAUCACCUCGUACAAUGCUGCACAGAAAGAGAUAUUCGACCUGAUGAGGUCUGACUCUCAUAGCAAGUUCACUCGCUCUGACAUCUACAAACAGCAUGUAUGCUUAGAACUGGAUGGUAAGCCACUGCCAGAUGAGGAAGGAGCUGCAGGGACCACUGCCUCUAGCGAUGAUGCCUUGCCCGCAUCCAAUCGUCAGGCCAGCACCAAACGCAAGGGCCUGUUUGGCUUCUUGAAGAAGGACCGGAAGGACAAGAUGAUCAGUGAAGAGCCGCAUGAGUACAGCGGAGGUUCUUCCCAGUCUUCUUCUUCAUCGUCGAAGAAGUCGGUGGGAAGAAUGCGCUCUGAAGUUCUUCUUCAGCAGCAGCAGCAACAGCAGCAGCACUCAGCUCACAACCCACACGGCAAGGCCAACCUCGCCGGUAACCUGACUUUGUCCAAGGCCGCGUCUCGGGCUACCAUGACGACAAUGCUCGAGAAUCCAGGCAGUCAAAAGUCUGCCAAGUGGUCAGGUUCACUACCAUGGAGAAAACAUUCCUCCAUUCAGAAGAAACGAGGACGACUGCCAGUGGAUGUGCGUGUUCAACCAGUGGAUGGUGGAGAGCAGGAUAAUAGUUUUAUACGCAACAGCUCCAGCAAGCUUGUGGCACCGAGUGACAGUGUGCUUGGCGGUGAUGCUGGAACAGAUACUCAAAAUGGCACAGCAAGCAGUAACAAGGCAGCGGCCAGCACAGACGUCAUGUUCCGUGUGACGCUGCCGGACAGUACGUCGUCAACCGUAGCUAAAUCAGCUCCACAUACAAGCUUGCAGGACGCAGUGCGACCCAUUGCGCGGCGGAAAGGACUGCUCGUCGACUCUGUCGAUUUCUACGAGGUUUAUUCCGAUGGAGCAGAAAAGCUGGUAGAGUCAAGCAUACCUGUUCGGGAUCUUGUAACCAACAAUGUUCAUAUUCGCCUCGUGCCUUUGAUAAAUGUACUAAUGCCUUCAGGGAUGGUGGAGUACUGCCGAGCGCACAAAGACAAGUCCGUGCAGGAUGUACUGCACGAACACCUUGCGAACAACAACUUGAUCGUGGAUGCCAUCAGUAUAUCUGUUGAAUUGAAAGAUGGUGAGAAGGAGCUCAUCGAGCCAGGCACCGGAUCGUUGGCCAUGGCUGACAGACAGCUUAUUAUUGAGAUCACUAACCCAGCAGCAAUGCUUUCCCAUACAAGUGUUCCCAGCUCUCCUUCAUCAUCAACCUCCCCUACCUCCCCUCUUGCUGGCGGCAGUGGUGGCGGUGGGGCCUCCGUGAAGCGUACCACCAGUUUCAAGUUUUCGUUUGCCCGAAGACGCUCACAUAUAAAAUCUGCAAGAAGUGCGUCGAUAGAUUCGACUGAUAGCCUGCUUACUUCUGACAGCACCCAGACACUUCCGAAAGGGUUCCGUACAUCCGUUGGCAGCAUCACCAGUGCCACAUCCUCUUCAUCCCUUUCUGAGAGAAAGACCAGCGGAGGAGAUGCGGUGGGAUCAGAGAGCCCCAGCAAACGUCACGAUCGAGUGUCAAUUGCAGAGGAGCUCGAUGACCCAGCCAGUCCUGCCCACGAUCUCCUGGACAUGCUUGAUCGCAUGCAAAGUACUCGCCUGGAUAACCAGAGGGACGCAUCAAUGGUGUCAAGACGCUCUGGUGUCAGCAUGCCUUCGUCGCCACUGGGUUUUGCAAGUCCGGUACACAGCAAGAGUGCAUCCAUGACCACGUACAGCAGUCUGCCACGCAAGUUCAGCAUGGGUUCGCAUGACACCAGCGGCAUGUCCGGUUCUCCAUCCGUGUCCGGACGAUCCGCACCCACCUCGGCCCAUGUGGCAUCAGAUCGAGAAGGCAGGGGCGGAAACGGAUUCUUUCCAGACGACGACAAGAGCACAGUGGAUGGAGGCAACCGUCGGCGAUCCAGUGAGACUGAGAAAUAUAUCUCUGUACCAGGUCUGGACUUCACCAAAACUUCUCCAACCAAUCACCCUCCUGGCUACUACUCACUGGAACGAAAGCCAAGAUCAAGCUCUCUGCAGGGCCCAGAGGAACUGCGACGAGCUGCAUCAGUGGCGAAUGUUGACACUCCUCAGAAGCAGUCCAGCCUCGACCGGCGUAUUCGUCAGAAACUUGCCAUGUUGAAGCCUAAAGGAAGUCCACUCUCUUUUAGUAGUGGCUUGUUGGCCGAUCCUUCGCAAGGAAGAGAGAAAUCAAGGAGUCAGGAACGAAUGAGCAGUGCCGGAAGAGCAGCAAAGCCUUCCAGUCCAGAUGCACGACCGGAAAGACCCUCUUCGGGUAAGGCAAGGGAGAGACCGGACCAUGUGGAGGACUUUUUCCGCAGCUUCAAUCCGCGAGUGCGCAGUGUUGUAUAGAAACAGCCAACACAGACGACCAGUGAACACCCUAAAACCGAUACCAUUAUUCUUGUUAUGGACCUUGCAUUAUUCCACGAGCUUGAGCUUGAUCAGAAUCGGUUUAACUGAGUUUUAUUAUUCUUGAUUUUUGGAAAAAGGAGGUGAUCUUGAACCGGACUGAAUGCAUCUCUUUGCCUCUCAGACAAUGCCCAUCACAGCCCAUAUCUCUAUGUUACUGUAUCACACAUUUCCGCUGUCUUGCCACGAGGGAACGUUUUUCAGUUCAACUGCUAUAAUCGAGCUGUAGAUAACAGUACCGCCAUCAUUUGUAUUCCAUGCUUCCCCCUUUACUACAGAUCCUUUCGACUGAUGCAUGUCUAAGUUAUGACUUCAAAAAGAAACAUCUCCGCAGUAACACAUAGCAUGUUGGUGAAGAAAUAAGUCGCAUUUCCACUGCUA